GUUUCUAGACAAAGCGGCAAUUCAACAAACACCUUGUAGGCAAGUUGACACUCCCGAAGCUUCAAGCCCUUGGAAACUAUGCACAGUGACCCAAGUAGAGAAUGCCAAAGUAAUUCUCAGCAUGAUACCAAUUUUCUGUUGCACAGUGAAUAUGAGCCUCUGCUUUGCCCAGCUCCAAACAUUCUCCAUCCAACAGGGCCUCACCAUGGACACAAAACUCACACCCUCCUUCAACAUCCCUCCGCCGUCACUCACCAUCAUCCCAGUCUUCUUUCUCAUCCUCAUGGCCCCAAUCUACGACAAGAUUCUUGUCCCCUUUGCUCGAAAAUUCACAGGCAUCCCCACAGGGAUCACCCCCUUGCAACGAGUAGGUGUUGGAUUGGUUCUGUCCAUCAUCUCCAUGGCCGUCGCGGCACUAGUGGAAGUGAAGCGUAAAGGCGUUGCGAGAGACCACAACAUGUUGGAUGCAACCCCUGUUUUGCAGCCAUUGCCAAUCAGCACGUUCUGGCUAUCAUUUCAAUUCUUCAUAUUCGGAAUCGCAGAUCUCUUUGCAUACGUAGGGCUUCUCGAUUUCUUCUACUCCGAGGCGCCAAAAGCCCUAAAAUCUGUCUCCACUUGCUUCCUUUGGAGUUCGAUGGGCAUGGGCUACUUCUUGAGCACCAUAAUUGUGAAGAUUGUGAACAGUGCUACGAAAGGGAUUACGAAAAAUGGAGGUUGGUUGAUUGGAAACAACAUUAAUCGGAACCAUUUGAAUCUCUUCUACUGGCUGCUUUCAAUCUUGAGCUUCAUCAACUUCUUCAUCUAUAUAUUUGCUACCCAGAAAUACAAUUACAGAAACCAUAAACCAGCCAUCUCCGCCAUUGAUGAUAGUAGGUAGGGAGCCAUCAUGAGAGAAAAAAAGAAACUAAAUUAUGCUUAGAAUUGAAAACUUUCAAGAACUAUGGAUCAUAAAUAAUUUGUGUUAAAUUUGUAAAAUUUCUACCUUCUAUGGCUGAUGGUUGAUUUUAGCUACUCUACAUUCAGCAUCAAAUAUGCGCAUAUUCUUGUAAUAAACUUAGAUUCCCAACUCCGUAUGCACUGCCGGUGGGAUAGGUUCAAGUCGCCGCCCUACUGAGCCCACAUGGCCCGAAAGUCUAUAACCCACGACACGUCGUCAUGAAAACCUACCCAAAUCUCUCACAACAGUUCAGUCAACGAACUUCAAUACUCCAUUUUAUUUCCGUCUUCUUCUCUUCUCCGCUUCAAUGGCGAACCCAGAAUCCACCCCUAUCCAACCCUCUGAAGGGGAGAAGAACGUGUAUUCGGUCUGGGCUCUUCCUCCAGAAGAUGUUACGGCCAGAAUCAGGACUCUCAUGAACAGCCUCAGAUCCGAGUUCGGCGGGCCCCAAUUCGAGCCACAUAUCACUGUCGUUGGGGCUAUUCGUCUCACCCUUGACGAUGCCCUAAACAAAUUCCGCUCGGCUUGCGAGGGGCUUAAGGCUUAUCAAGCCACCGUCGAUUGUGUAUCUACCGGAACCUUCUUCUACCAGUGUGUUUUUCUCCUUAUUCAUCCUACCAUUGAGGUGGUGGAGACUAGUUCACAUUGCUGUGGACAUUUUGGUUACAAGAACUCUACCC